AUGUCUUCAUCAAGAGGUUCCGUAACUCUGGGAGUGGAUGGUGGCUCAACAGGCACCACUAUUGUGGUCUUGUGUAAUGAAACUCAAAAAGUAUUGGCCAUGUUGAGCUGUGAUCCGUCGAACAAGAACAGUGUUGGAGCUCAAAAGGCUCAACAAGUCAUCUCGGAAGGCAUCAAACAAGCCUUGAAAGAGGCUUCUUCUGAUAAAUCUCUGAGUCUUGAGGAUGUUUCUGCCGUGUGCUUGGGAAUGAGUGGAGUGGAUCGUCCCAAUGAUAUUGCACAAGUUCGUUCAUGGAUGACUGAAUUAUUUAGUAGUGAAUCAUCAUGUCCUGAAAUUUAUGUUUUUAAUGAUGCUGUAGCAGCCAUUUGCUCAGGAACUCUCGGAGCUCUGCAUGAUGUCAUUUGUCUCAUUGCUGGAACAGGAAGUAUUUGUCUCGGAACGAAUAAUGAUGGUGAGUCUUUCACAAGAACUGGUGGUUGGGGACCAUUACUGGGUGAUCGUGGAAGUGGUUUCUGGCUCGGUUCUAAAGUGUUAUUGAGUGCAGUGGAUUACACAGAUGAAUUUAACACAGAAAAAACAGUAUUGGCACAAUUGGUCAAAGAGGAAUUAGGUUUGAACGAUAUGAGUGAAUUAAUUCCCUAUGUCUAUCAAGAUAAGGAAUGGAGUAGAAUUGCUCGUUUUGCUCCACUUUGUUUUAAGGCCGUUCGUGAGCAUGACGACAAGGUAGCAAAACAACUGGUCAAUGAAAUGAUUUCCGAUUUGAAACAAAUGGUGGAGACCAAUGCAAGAAAGUUGCAGUUAGGAUCCGAAAGAAAAUUCACAUUGGUCUAUUGUGGAAGUAUUUUGACGCAUGACAAUAGCUUGGUUGGAGAGGGAUUAACACGUGCUUUGAAAGAAAGUUUUGGAGAUCGAAUUGAAAUUAUUGAACGACCAAAAGUGGAUCCUGCUGUUGGCAGUGCUUUGUACUAUCUCAACAACAAGAAACAAAAGAAGGAUUAG